UAGCAUUACUUUAGUAGCUUAAACUCGAUAAACAAGUCUAAAUUUGGCCAGCUUCAUGUUUAACUUGGUCACUGUCAGUGCAAUAUUUUUGCUCAUCACAUGCGGAAUCAAUGCCAAUGAACUUGGUGUUUGGACUCCCGCUGGAACUACUGGUGUAACAUGCAUUCACACUUUUCUUUUACCGGGAUUUCGACUUGUCUGCACUGAGCGACCGCAUACAGGAUAUCCAACCAAUCCAUUUACAAAUGGUAUGAUCUCUACCGAAAUAGACCUGCUAAAUGGAGCAUCACCCGAAUCAUUAGGUCCAUGGACUUCAAAGUUUACUCCGCGGCAUAUUGACACCAGUGCAUUUUGUAGUGGUCAUGCUCAGAUGCCCAAUGGCUCUAUCCUUGUUAUGGGCGGAGAUGAGUAUGGGCUUUUGAGUGAUGGCACACACAAUAUCUAUCCAGAUGGUCGUAAAGGUCGUCGUAUAUACAAUCCGUGUCCUGCUGAUGCUCAGAAUUGCGUUGGAAGUUGGGUAACAUUGCCAGAUAUGGCUACCAGACGCUGGUAUCCUUCAAUGGCAACUCUUGCCGAUGGUUCUCAAAUAAUUAUUGGCGGAAGUACUUCAAACUUGGAUUAUAGUCGUCUCAAUACAACUGAAAACAACCCUACGUACGAAUAUUACCCGUCAAAAGCUGGUCAAUGGCCACGUACUCUGCCAAUUCUUGCAUGGGCCUUUCCAUUUAUGCUUUAUCCAAUGGUAUUCACCAUGCCUUCUGAGCGAGUCUUUCUGUUCGUGUCUAACAAGACAGUCAUUAUUGAUCCAAAAACGGAUGAGCUCUCAUACACUGUUCCAGAUAUGCCAGUUUUGGACCAUCUGCCUUGGAUUUAUCCAUAUGCACCUACAAUGACUGUGCUUCCCAUGACCAUCAAAAACAACUGGGAGUUUAAAAUUCAAAUAUGUGGUGGCUCCAAAGCUUCUAAUACCGACGCAUCCCCUAUGUGCUGGCAAAUUAAUCCUGAAAAUGCUAAUCCCACUUGGAAAAAAGUAGAUGAUCUUCCUAAUCCCCGUGUCAUGAUAGACUCGAUUAUUCUUCCAGAUGGAAAGAUUUUGUAUGUAAAUGGUGCAGGUGGUGGUGUAUCUGGUGGUGAUGCUGGAUUUGUUGAGAAUGCAUACAACCCUGUCAUGACACCCAACUUAUUUGAUCCUGAAGCACCUGCAGGAAAACAGUUUAGUGUGAUGGCGCCUGCUACCAAUUACCGUCUAUAUCACUCUGGAGUGAUAUUAGUAGAGUCAGGACACGUUAUUACUACCGGAUCAGAAAUGGACAACUAUGACGAUUAUUGGAAGCAUAACAAGACAGAAUGCAGACCUUAUAACGUUACUUCAUAUGUUUCAUCCUGUACUCAGCCAUUCAACUACAAUCUUGAAAGAUAUGCACCACCAUAUCUUCAGCGCGCAGAAAAGUCUGGUCGUCCAGUCAUUUCAAGUGCACCAGCGAGCACCACCUAUAAAUCUACAUUUGUUGUUCAAAUAUCAACUCCCUUAAAGAAUAUAGGUCGUGCAACCUUUAUUCGAUACUCGACGACUACACAUCAAACCAACACAGAUCAGAGAUUUAUUGAGCUCCGCAUCCUUUAUACUAUAAACUCGACUAUUAUUGUGGAAGCGCCAAGCGGGCCAGGUAUAGCACCACCGGGAAAUUGGAUGCUGUUUGUGUUGGAUAAAACUGAUGUUCCAUCUGUUGCCAAAACGAUUAAUCUGCAACUUGGUUCAGAAACACAUGCAGAGAUUCCCUCAGCAGCUACUAAUUUCUCACGAAACAGUGCUCAGGGUGAAUUUGGCUCAAGCAUAAAAUGGAUGAAUUACUUUGUCACCAUCAGUGUGAUAUUAGCAUCUCAAUGUAUUUUGCUUGCGUGGUAUAUGUAA